AUGUCAUCGAGUCAAGCUCCUGACAAUUAUCAACUGCACAAUGCUUCAAAUUUCCACGGCGAUUCGGGUGAUACCAUCACCGUUGCGCCGGUGCACACAGAGCCUCUUGACCUUGAGGCCCUCAUGAUGGACAACAGGGCACACAACACCUCGCUUGUCCACCACACGACCCCGCCACACCUCGACGUUAUCGGUAAUUCACAGUUUGCAGAUUUCUCCUUUCCUUCGUAUACUGGCCUACCGGACAAUGGAUUGCAUGCUGAAACCCAGCUGGGGCACACAUCCGAUCCGUAUGCUCUCUCGGUGCACACCACAAGCCAUCGUAACUCUACGGCCUCGCUGCAUCAAGACCAUCGAGCCUCCAUGACUUCGAUGCCCGGACUCCAUCGAGGAAGUUUUAGCAGUAAUGCUGCGAUGGGCCAGCGGAACAGUAUGAGCACGGGUUCUGACGAGGCGAGUCCAGUAAGCAAUCGAGCUGGCGGAGGACUCGAUGGCGCAUAUGGCGAUGACUUUGGCCUUAGUAGUGGAGGGGCUGUGGAUGGAAGUGAUCUGGGAAGUAGGUCGAAAGAGGAGAAGAAUGAUCCCCAUCCACCCUGGAGUGAGCUGAAGACUAAGGCUGGGAAGGAACGAAAGAGGCUGCCGUUAGCCUGCAUAGCAUGUCGGAGGAAGAAAAUUCGAUGCUCCGGAGAAAAGCCUGCCUGUAAACAUUGCCUGCGAUCACGGAUACCGUGUGUUUACAAGGUUACCAUGAGGAAAGCUGCACCACGAACGGAUUAUAUGGCCAUGCUUGACAAACGACUAAAGCGGAUGGAAGAACGCAUCAUUAAGAUUGUGCCAAAGGAAGAACACGGCAACACUUCAGUAUCCGUGACGAGAGCUACUGUAAAACCUGCUGUUCCAGGGUCCGUCCCCGUUCGAAAUUCUGCUACCAAGAAACGUGCUGCCGAGGAAGCUUUUGGUCCUGAUUUAGACAACUGGUCGAAGACUGCAACAAAAUCAAACAUAGAUAUUGGUUCAAGACCUACCUCCAUGAUGAUACAGGAAGCUGAAGAGAGCAAACUGUUGUCCGAAGGUGCUGAAUACCUGCCGUCGAAAGACGUCCAACAACAUUUGGCAGAGAUCUUCUUCGAAAAUAUACACGGCCAAACAUACCAUGUGCUGCAUAAGCCAAGUUUUAUGAGGAAGCUAGAAGGUGGGACGAUACCACCAGUUCUAAUACUUGCAAUCUGCGCCGUAGCCGCCCGUUUCUCGGCCCAUCCAAAACUUGAUACUACCCCUAAUUUCCUUAGGGGCGAAGAAUGGGCCUCGGAGGCUCGAGAUAUCGUUAUGAGACGCUAUGAAUGGCCAAACAUCACCAUUUUAACAUGCUUGUUAAUUCUCGGUCUUCAUGAAUUCGGAACGUGUCAAGGAGGUAGGAGUUGGUCUUUUGGAGGCAUGGCAAUUCGAAUGGCGUACGCUCUGCAAUUGCAUCGAGACCUCGACUAUGAUCCGCUCAAACGCGAUGGGACUGCCGCACUUAGCUUUGUUGACCGCGAAGUCAGGCGAAGGACGAUGUGGGCCUGUUUUCUCAUGGACCGAUUCAACUCUUCUGGAACCGGUAGGCCUACCUUUGUUAAAGAAGACUCGAUCAAGGUCCAGCUUCCAAUCAAGGAAAAAUUAUUCGAGAUGGAUAUGCCAGGACCAACCGAAGAUCUGAUGGGUAAUGUGCCACACCCUGUUUCUCCGGGUAUAGGUCAGCUCUCUGAUGCGGGAGAAAACAUGGGCGUGGCAGCAUACGUGAUAAAGUGUAUCGCAUUAUGGGGCCGAAUUAUCAACUAUCUCAAUCUUGGUGGCAACGAACAAGACCCUCACCCAAUGUGGCACCCAGAUUCUAUUUAUAAGGAUCUACUGAAACAAACGGAAACCUUCACUGCUAGUCUGCCAGAGGCUCUGCAGUAUACCACCGGAAACUUGAAGGCCCACGACACAGAGAAACUAGCUAAUCAAUUUCUGUUCCUACACAUCUCGAUUCAGCAAAAUAUGCUUUUCAUGAACCGAUUUGCUGUCCCCACCCUUCCUGGGGGCCAAUUGCCAAAGGAUAUGCCUAAAGAGUUUGCCAAAUCGGCGGGCAUGAAAGGUUUCGAAGCGGCAAACAGGAUUUCAGAGCUAUUGAGAGAUUCCGAAUCUUACUUUGUCACUGCUCCCUUUACCGGAUAUUGCGCCUUUCUGUCAAGCACUGUCCAUGUCUAUGGCGUUUUCUCGAAGAAUCCUUCGAUGGAAGCAGCAGCAAAAAGGAACUUGACAACAAACAUUAAAUACAUGACGAGAAUGAAGAAAUACUGGGGUAUGUUUCAUUUCAUGGCUGAGAAUCUAAAGGAUCAGUACAAGCAUUGUGCCGACGCUGCCAGACAAGGCCCAUGCGCCAGCAUCACGACUCCUUCUUCAAGCGUUUUUCAAUAUGGAGACUGGUUCGAUCGCUAUCCUCAUGGUGUUUCACAGUCUGAUUUCGAAGAUCCAGUGGUGGGAAUCAAGAAAGAGAAGGGGGAUGACGCAGCGCUAGGACAGAAGCCUGACUAUCACACCGUGGAGGACUUUUUUGAAACCUUAUCCCCUCUCCCGACACAAGAUCGCGAGUCUGUAAAGGCGCCAAAACGGAAACAAAAGAAAUCUCACCUAGGCCGGCAGGAGCAAAUGGCGCCACUAAAUACCAAUGUGCCGAAUAUACCUCAAGCAACUCAGAUGCAAAUUCAAAAUAGUCAUCAGAUGGCGCAAAACUACAACCAGAUGAGCCCAUCAACCCCUGUUCAGAUGUACAGCCAAAGACCUUUAUAUGGUCACGAAGGGAUGCUACCUCCACACCAGCAAGGAAUUCUACCACAACUCGACCGCCAACUCGUUCUUGAAGCGUAUGCUAAUAUGGAGCCGUCCAAUGGUAUUAUGGGGUCGCCGAAUGGCUGGGACAUGCCAAUGGGCGGUGGUAUGGCCGGAUAUGUACCAGAGCCAACCAGUGCAUGGUUCAUGCCGUUCAACAUGGAACCUCCAGAGAUAGCUCAGGAGGAUAUAUUCAAUGCCAGCGGAUAUGGGAUGGGAGGAAUGCAAAUAAAUAGUGGAAAUAUGGGUGGUCACGGAGGCGCACAUUGA